CGGGCGUCCCUGUGCAGCCUGGGCCACGGAUGGGGGAGGUGGAGCCGGGGCCCGCGGGCCCGCUGGAGCCCCCGGAGCGGCCCGAAGCGCCCGCGAGCCGCCGGCCGGGAGGGAUCCGGGUCCUGAAGAGAAAUAUGAAACGCAACGGGAGCAGAAAUUGUUUGAAUAGGAGAAGUAGGUUUGGUUCUCGAGAAAGAGACUGGCUGAAAGAAGAUGUGAAGAGAGGCUGUGUUUACCUUUAUGGAGCAGACACAACCACUGCCACUACAACCACUACCACCUCCUCCAAUUCCUCAUCCUGCUCCUCGGACUUACAUCUCGUCCUUUGCACAGUAGAGACACCAGCAUCAGAAAUAUGUGCUGGAGAGGGAAGAGAAAGUCUUUAUAUACAGCUUCAUGGAGACCUGGUCAGGAGACUGGAACCCACUGAACGACCUCUUCAGAUUGUUUAUGACUAUUUAUCCAGGCUGGGAUUUGAUGAUCCUGUGCGCAUACAGGAGGAGGCCACAAAUCCUGACCUUGGCUGUAUGAUUCGAUUUUAUGGUGAAAAACCAUGCCACAUGGAUCAUCUGGAUCGAAUCCUGCUAUCUGGCAUCUAUAAUGUACGCAAGGGAAAGACUCAGCUGCAUAAGUGGGCUGAACGCCUAGUUGUUCUUUGUGGUACCUGCCUUAUCGUUUCCUCAGUGAAGGAUUGUCAAACUGGAAAGAUGCACAUUUUGCCUCUGGUUGGGGGAAAGAUAGAAGAAGUGAAGCGGCGGCAGUACUCGCUAGCAUUCAGUUCAGCUGGGGCCCAGGCUCAGACCUAUCAUGUCUGCUUUGAGACUUUGGCUGAGUACCAGAGAUGGCAACGGCAAGCAUCCAAGGUGGUGUCUCAGCGGAUCAGUACAGUGGAUCUCUCAUGUUACAGCCUUGAGGAGGUUCCUGAGCAUCUCUUCUACAGUCAAGAUAUCACCUACCUCAACUUGCGACACAACUUCAUGCAAUUAGAAAGACCAGGGGGCCUCAACACUCUCUAUAAAUUUUCCCAACUAAAGGGCCUGAACUUGUCCCAUAAUAAACUCGGAUUGUUUCCUGUAUUGUUAUGUGAGAUCUCUACCCUGACUGAGCUGAACCUUUCUUGUAAUGGAUUUCGUGACCUGCCAAGUCAGAUUGGCAAUUUGCUAAAUCUUCAAACCCUCUGUCUUGAUGGCAAUUUUCUGACUAAUUUACCUGAAGGAUUGGGAAAUCUGCAGCAACUUUCCUCUCUGGGAAUUUCCUUCAACAACUUUAGUCAAAUUCCCAAGGUUUAUGAGAAACUCACUAUGUUAGAUAAAGUGGUUAUGGCAGGAAAUUGCCUGGAAGUCCUAAACCUAGGGGUGCUGAACAGGAUGAGCCAUGUCAAGCAUGUAGAUUUAAGGAUGAACCAUUUGAAAACCGUGGUUAUCGAAAAUCCAGAGGGAAAUAAAUCCAUCACCCAUGUGGAUUUGCGGGACAAUCAACUGACUGACUUAGAUCUUAGCUCCUUAUGUAACUUGGAGCAGCUGCACUGUGAGCGGAACCAGCUGAGGGAGCUGACACUCAGUGGCUUCUCCCUUCGAACUCUCUAUGCCAGUUCAAACAGGCUGACAGUGGUGAAUGUCUAUCCAGUGCCCAGUCUACUCACUUCCCUAGAACUCUCUCGAAACCUGCUAGAGUGUAUCCCUGACUGGGCCUGUGAAACAAAGAAGAUAGAAAUAUUAGAUGUGAGCUAUAAUCUUCUCACAGAGGUUCCUAUGAGAAUUCUGAGUAGCUUGAGUCUUAGAAAACUGAUGGUGGGGCACAACCAUGUGCAAAGCCUCCCAGCGCUGGUGGAGCAUGUGCCCCUGGAGGUGCUGGAUGUGCAGCAUAAUGCACUCACCAGGCUGCCAGACGCCCUGUUCUCUAAGGCCUUAAAUCUCAGAUACUUGAAUGCAUCUGCAAAUCGUCUGGAGUCUUUACCAUCUGCCUGCACUGGGGAGGAGAGUCUGAGUAUGUUGCAACUGCUCUAUCUGACCAGCAAUCUCCUAACAGAUCAGUGUAUACCUGUCCUGGUGGGUCAUUCGCACCUGCGGAUCUUGCAUCUUGCAAACAACCAGCUACAGACCUUUCCCGCAAGCAAACUAAAUAAAUUGGAGCAGUUGGAGGAACUGAACCUAAGUGGCAACAAGCUUAAAACUAUUCCUACAACCAUAGCAAACUGCAAAAGGCUGCACACCCUUGUUGCUCACUCCAACAACAUCAGCAUUUUCCCAGAAAUACUGCAGUUGCCUCAGAUCCAGUUUGUAGACCUAAGUUGCAACGACUUGACAGAAAUCCUGAUUCCGGAGGCUCUGCCUGCUUCAUUACAAGACCUUGACUUGACUGGAAAUACAAAUCUGGUUCUGGAACACAAGACACUGGACAUAUUUAGCCAUAUCACAACCCUGAAAAUUGAUCAGAAACCUUUGCCAACCACAGAUUCUGCAGUUACAUCAACUUUCUGGAGCCAUGGACUGGCUGAGAUGGCAGGGCAGAGAAAUAAGCUAUGUGUAUCUGCCCUCGCUAUGGAUAACUUUGCAGAAGGGGUGGGAGCUGUGUAUGGCAUGUUUGAUGGGGACCGAAAUGAGGAGCUCCCUCGCCUGCUCCAGUGUACGAUGGCAGAUGUGCUUUUGGAAGAGGUACAACAGUCAACAAAUGACACAGUUUUCAUGGCUAACACCUUCUUGGUAUCUCACAGGAAAUUAGGAAUGGCUGGCCAGAAGCUGGGCUCCUCUGCUCUCCUGUGCUACAUCCGCCCUGACACUGCCGAUCCAGCAAGUAGUUUUAGCUUGACCGUGGCCAACGUUGGCACAUGCCAAGCAGUCCUGUGCCGAGGUGGGAAGCCAGUGCCCCUCUCUAAAGUCUUCAGCCUGGAACAGGACCCAGAGGAAGCACAAAGGGUGAAGGACCAAAAAGCCAUCAUCACAGAGGACAACAAAGUGAAUGGGGUAACCUGCUGUACCCGGAUGUUGGGCUGUACAUACCUCUACCCAUGGAUCCUCCCCAGGCCCCAUGUAUCUUCCACUCCACUUACCAUUCAAGAUGAGUUGCUGAUUCUGGGAAACAAAGCAUUGUGGGAACACUUGUCAUACACAGAAGCUGUCAAUGCAGUGCGUCAUGUACAAGACCCAUUAGCUGCUGCCAAGAAGCUGUGCACAUUAGCACAGAGCUAUGGUUGUCAGGACAAUGUGGGGGCGAUGGUGGUUUACUUGAACAUUGGUGAGGAAGGCUGCACUUGCGAAUUGAAUGGGCUCUCCCUCCCAGGUCCUGUGGGAUUUGCUUCCACCACCACCAUCAAGGACACCCCCAAGCCAACCACUCCGUCCUCCAGCAGUGGUAUUGCCUCUGAGUUCAGCAGUGAGAUGUCCACCUCGGAGGUGAGCAGUGAAGUGGGCUCCACUGCUUCUGAUGAACACAAUGCUGUGGGCCUGGAUGCUGGCGUGCUUCCCAGGCCAGAGAGGCGCUGCAGCCUCCACCCAACACCCAGCUCUGGGGUUUUUCAGCGCCAGCCUUCUUGUGCAACCUUCUCCAGUAAUCAGUCUGACAACGGCCUGGACAGUGAUGAUGACCAGCCAGUUGAAGGGGUCAUAACCAAUGGCAGCAAGGUAGAAGUAGAAGUAGAUAUCCACUGCUGCAGAGGAAGAGAUCUUGAGAACACUUCCACUGCUGUGGAGAAUUCUCCUACCCUAUGUCCUGAGGAACAUGCUAGAGGAUUGUUUUUUGGGAUCCGAAGACAGAACAGUGUGAACAGUGGCAUACUUCUGCCAGUGAGCAAGGACAAGAUGGAAUUACAGAAGUCUCCCUCCACUUCUUGUCUCUAUGGAAAGAAACUCUCCAAUGGCUCUAUUGUGCCCCUAGAAGACAGCCUGAACCUCAUUGAAGUGGCCACAGAAGCACCCAAGAGGAAAACUGGCUAUUUUGCUGCCCCGACUCAGCUGGAACCAGAGGAUCAGUUUGUUGUACCUCGUGACCUGGAAGAGGAAGUGAAAGAGCAGAUGAAGCAGCACCAGGAAAGCAGGUCUGAGCCCGAGCCCGAGCCCAGCGAAGAGGAGCGGACCGAGCCCCCGGAGGAGUUUGACACAGCACUGUGAUUCUGCCCCCACAGUGGGCACAGUGCGACAGAAAGCUGUGUAGAGGUGGGACAGGGACCCUUCCAGAGGCAUUUUGCCUCUUCAUUUCUAAACCAUAGAUGUGUGGGGUAGAACUCAGAGCCAAAAAAAGGUGAGCACUGUCAGGGUCUGGCUCUGGAUAAGCUAGUAGCCACGAUCAGUGUUAAGUCUCACAUUUAACCUGCAUUGGAAUUCCCAGAAUUACUGGGAAGAAAGCAGAUGAUGUUCUCUAUCAGUCCUACCACCUGCCAUUAACCCUUUCUCUCCUAGGAUCACUUUGAGAAUUGCCUGCCUGGGCAGGAAAGGGACUAUUUCUGUGGAGGAAAUAAGAUUGAUUACCUUUACUAAUUGCUGCUGAUGGAUCUCUGUGAUAGAGAAAUCACCUUAUCUCUCAGACUAACUCAUGGGGUGUGAUGUGACUAGUCACAUGGCUUUUCAUUCUUCUCUACGAGAAUACAGCCUAACAAAAUGAUGUUUAUUGGAAAUGUAGAACCAAUCAAACAGAUAAUUUAUGUAUGUAAUGUAAUGAGAGCACUUUUCAUUGACUGUGAACUUUUCGUUUUUGAAACUGCACUCGAGCCAAUCUUCUUAGAGGCAGCCAGCACCUUUGUCCCUAGGCAGAGAGAGAACCGGUGCUGGAGCCUUCUCUGAGGGUACUAGGGAGGACCCUGGGAAAUCGAGUUAACUGUGGGAUGCCAGACUGUCAAAGCUCCUGAGAAACUUGACGUAGUAGGAUCUUCUUCUGGGGAUGAAGAUGGGGAAGGAGGAAGGACUGAGACUACUUCUCCCAAAAUGAGAAAAAGAGGAUGACCCCUUGACAAAUAAGACACCUGCUAGGAAUUUCCAAGCAGAUCACAAGGGAGGAAUUGUGGGAUUGGCCUCUUUCCUUAAUGUGGUAGAGUUGGCAGUCAGCUUCCUCACAGGUAAGGCCAAGGCCAACACUGCUUGCAUCCAAGCAACCUUGAGUUAGAGCAGAUAACUCUGAGACAGGCUGAGGCCUAAUGAGAACAGAUGGAGUCACAGGUUAGACUUGUUCCUUCUUUACUCUGGAGCAGAGGGAUGACUUUCUAGAAUGUCGGAAAUGAGUUGAGAGCUCACCUGUUUAACAUUGUACUCUUCUGAAAACUGCUUAUUCACCUCAUGUGGUUUCAGAGUACUGGGCUCAAUACCAAUAUAGGAAAGACUCUUAAUUGAGAAAUUCCUAAACUUACAAGAAACCUGUACUUGUUUGCACAUUCUACAUAACCUUAGCAAAAUGCAGUUCCUUCCAUUUUCUGUCGCUUUUUUCAUUAGAAGAUUUACUUAGGAAAAUUAAUUCUUAUUUAUUCCUACAGAAUUAAUUUUGGCAUUGCUUGAUUUUAUCCAAUGGGGAAUGUGCUUUGAAUUUUUGGAACACUUUCACAAUUAAAAAGGAAAUGAAGUGGAACUAUUUUUAAUUUGUUUCAUUGGAAACAAAUGUUAAAGAUAAGGCUGAAUAUAUUCAUUUGUGUUUUUUGGCAAGUUUUUGUUCAAGCCAGAUGACCUGUCCACAAAGGGUUAUGUGUCUUUAUCUUCUCAGAGGCCCUGUACCUUGCACAUGCGUCAGUAGGGUGCACUCUUGGGGGAUUCUGUACCACUUCAAUGGCUGUUGGAUGUUCAGCCCCUCAAGAAUCUGAACUUGAGUGCCUAAGUUGUCAGGAACACUUGACUUCCCUGUGUCAAACUACUGGUCAUCUACUUAAAAAGUUUAGAACUCAGGUCUUUGAUUUGAAGUGGGGGACAUAGUGGCUCAUACAAAGUUUAGGUGCUGUUAGAAGAUGGGAACAAUAGUGUGUUGCCACCUUAUUUUUAUAUGGGAACAUGGAAAAAAAAAAAUGGAAAUGAAGGAAAAACCCAAGAUAAUAGUGAUGGGUGAUGUAAAACAUCUUCCUACCCAGACAGCAGAACCUUUGGGUUAUAGAAUAGUGAUGUUGUCUAAGAAUGAAAGUUAUUUUUGGAAUAUACUGCUUUAAUGUAUAGUCUCAUAAAAAUUGUUCUUCAUCUGUGAACCUUUUUCUUGUCUUCUGUUUGUUUCCUACCCUACUUAUUGGAACCACCUCAAAACCUAGUUCUGAAAUGACCUUACCAAAAGUAAAUAAAUUUUAGUCAGCAGAACUCUGAAAUUACAAAUGUUCUUUUGUGUGGUAGAGUUAUUUUUAGGAAUCAUUAGGUUGUAUUGAAAACCUUUAAUAUAGGCUAUGCCAAAACUGAUUAUUCUUUUAAAAAUUUUAAUUCAUGUCCUUCUACAGUUGCUUGGUAUUAAAACAGAGGGUAAAAAGGCCAUAGCACACUACCAAAAGUAUAAUGUAUUAAACUGUUUUAACUUGUGAACUAAUUUGUAGACGUAUUCUCUGAGUGGGCUGUCAGUGAAAUCCAGCAAUCUGUCUCCAGGUGACUGUAAUCUACUUCCCAGUAUUUCACCCAGAGGAUGUGUUCCCAGGUGGGCAGAGUACAGUUGAUCUCUAGCACAGAGAUUCUGGCCUCUGCAUGAUUCUCAGGUCUCUGUGUACCUCCUGUUUAAUAGAGAAGUUUAAGAGAAUUUCUGAAAGAAUAAUAUUCCUGGUUAUGGGAGUAGUUCAGGAAUCUCAUGGGAAGAAAGAAAAAUACAUGUGUCUUGGCAGCCAUGAUAUUCUUAUUCUUAUCCAAAUGGAUUAGAAGUAUAUUUGAAAAUUUGAAUGUUAGUAUGACAUAAUACUACAGUGCUACUAUAGAGUCAAUUCAUUGAAUCCCCACUCCUGAUACAAGCGAGGGCUUUAGUAUGCUACUGUAGAGUGUAUGUGUGCAAUAAGUCAGUCAUUUUCCACGUGUACAGAACAGUCAGUGUGAGCAGCUUGGUAACCACUGGGUGCUAUUACAAUUGUUUGUAGUGAGUACUGUUUUCCAGGAGAUGGAGCCAGUUAGGUUUGGCCGAUCUACUGAAUAUCAAGUGAUACGCUUCCUUCCAUGUAGCCCAUCAGCAAAAGCAGGUACUUGGAAGCCACAGGCUCACCUUCUCUCUCUAUUCAAUAAUUGUUAAUGAAGAGACCUCCAUAAGGGAGCACUUGGCUAUUAUGGUAAAUGUACCAAUUAUUAAAUAAUUAGUCUCCAAGCCAUUGGUGAUGUCUGUAGCAUCACUGUAGAACUGUCUUGUGUCACUUUUUACUUCUCUCUGGAUGGAGCCUUUCAGACUCCCCAGUCAUGGAAGCGAGGCAAGUUAGUCUUUCUCUCCAGUUAGUGACUUUUACCCCAUAGGUGGGGAAGCACUUCCUAGAUUGAGAAAAGCAGCUACACUAAAUCCUGCUCUGUUUCCCUCAUUUGGUGAUCAAUCACACAUAAGCUCCUUGUAUUCUAAAUUUCAUGCACUUCUCCCAGAUGCUAUAGGGUUUUCUCUCACUGUUGCCAGUGGAUGUCAUCCAGGCAGUGGGCUCAUAUCUUAUGGUUUUGUGCAAUCAUUGUUGUAUUGUAGUCCUAAGACUCAUUAUAGUGUAUUUUUGAUAUUUUUGAAAUGUGUUAAAUUUUUUAAUUCAAUAAUAUGAGCCAGAGCAUGU